UUUUAACGUUGGCUUAUAGCGACAAAUUUUUUUUGCUUUUCCUAAGUAAGCAAAGCAUGAAAUACAUUGGACACUACACUAAUGGCCGACUUAACUGUUUGCAGCUUGAACAUGUUUCUCAGCCUACAUGCAUCUUUGCCCUACCCCCACAACCCAUUCCUCUUCUAUGACAUCACAUGGUACCCACUUCUAUUCUAUUUUUUAGGUUUAAUGUUUCUUAUAUUAAUACACAUACCCCAUCUCUAUAUCUAAUUUUCUAUAUAAACACUCUUAGUCGGCCUCUGCCCCAUCUUAUUCUAGAUCUUUUCCCACCAAGUGCUAGCAAAUCUAGUUGUUCACAUUCUACUAAGUGCUCUUCGUUCUUCCCUCCUCCUUAUGCAAUGGCUAGACUUCAGCUUUCCACUGUGUUGGUUAUAUCCUUCCUUCAACUGUUCUCAGGCGCUCAGUCAUCAAUGUUUACAAUUGUAAACAAAUGCAGCAAUACAGUUUGGCCAGGGGUGCUAUCAGGUGCUGGAACCCCGCAAAUUUCUCCUUCAGGUUUCAUUCUUCAACCAGGCGAAUCAACAUCCAUCUCUUUUCCAAGAUCUUGGUCAGGUCGCUUAUGGGGUCGAACACUUUGCACAGAAGACUCUUCUGGUAAAUUCUAUUGCCUCACUGGAGACUGCGGCUCAUCUACACCAGAAUGUUCUGGUGCUGGUGCCAUCCCUCCUGCCACCCUUGCAGAGUUUACACUAAAUGGUGUUGGGGGAUUGGAUUUCUAUGAUGUUAGCCUUGUUGAUGGAUAUAAUCUACCAAUGAUGGUAUCCGCACAUGGUGGAACUGGAGGUAACUGUUCCUCAGCUGGAUGUGCUGCGGAUUUGAAUGGUGACUGUCCUCUUGAGCUUAAGGUUGUCAAUGGGAGUGAAGGGGUGGCAUGUAAGAGUGCAUGCAAUGCUUUUGGGGACCCCCAAUAUUGCUGCAUCGGAGCUUAUGCUACUCCAAAUACGUGCAAGCCCAGUUCUUACUCACAAUUCUUCAAGGCUGCAUGUCCAACAGCUUAUAGCUAUGCGUAUGAUGAUGGAACCAGUACCUUCACCUGUGCUGGUGCUGAUUAUAUUAUUACUUUCUGCCCUACCCCUUCCACCAGGUAAUAAAUGCACUAUAUUACUACAAAUGAUCGUUUUUUCACCAAAGAU